AGUGCUCUUAACCUCUGAGCCAUCUCUCCAGCCCUAGUUACUUGUUUUAAGCUUAACUUUGAAAACAUAUACAGGGGGCUAAAUAAGGCUUAUCCCUGUAAUUAAUUAUAUUAGUACUUAGCAUGACUAUAAUUAAAGAAUUUGAUCAUUUAUGAGAUGACUGGCCAUUAAUUUGUGUUCCUUCACAGUCUACAAUAAGUUAGCAGCUUUCAUAAGACUAGGACUUUACAUUCCAUUUCUGUUAAAGGUGACUGACCAUUAACCUGUAUUUCUUAAUGAUCCUUAGUUGUUUACAAUAAGUUAGUAGCUUUUUUAAGAAUAGGACUUUAUGUUCCAUCCCUGUUAAGUUUAGCCUUAAAAAUAAUGAUUUUGAAUGGAAGUUCUUCUCGUAUCAAGAUAAAACUUUUAAAUCACAGAUAAUGGGCUCAGUAAAGGAACCACAAUAGCCAUCCCGUGGGUGAAAGUGGAACAAGUUUGUUCCAAACUGCUAAGCCUGUCUCCUGAGAAGGCAAAGAAAAGAGGUGGGAAAGAUCCCCAGGGCCAAAUGGGAACAGGACAAAAGGGGCAUGUGAGUUGGGGUGGGGCCUGUGGGCAAGGACUGAGGGAGCCCAGAGGCCAGCACUGUCCUUGACAAGCCAUUGGGGCCCCUGCUCAAAUGUCCAGCCCUGGGAAAAGGACCUUCUCAGGGGACCAGACAUUCCAUUAUAGAAUAUAUCUUAUUUAUCAAAUAUAUGAUGCCACUUAAUCUAAAUUCUGUAGAAAUUUGGUGUUGAACACUUGGCAAAGACAUAAAUACUUAGGUGUAAAUUUCUAAAUCAGCUUUUGUUACUCUGACUAGACCUUUAUAACCUAAAACUUUUAACAUAUAGAUAGAGUAUAUCCUAAACCAGAGUUGAAUCACAUAUACAGUAUGUUGUAAGAAAUAUAACCUUACAUUUCUAUCAUCAUACGAAAGUCUGUACCAGUCCAAAAUAUUUGAGACUUCUUGCUUUCUUAGUCUAAAAGGAAAUACCAUGAACAGAGAGCUCAUUAGGACUAGGAAGUGUCACAUGAUAUAUAUGCUUUAAUUUUAGUAAAGAUGAUUGCCAGCCAUGUGGCUGCCUACAUCCUGACAAAGUCACAAGCCAAAUGGAGGAAAGCCACAUGGUUACUAUUUAAAAUGUUUUCUUAAACAAUAGUUAAAUCUAAGUUACAUGCACAGAGUUGAAUCCAAGUUACAUACACAUAUACACUGACUUAAAUCCAGCUUACAUUGACCCAUAUAGAGUUAAAUCUAAGUCACAUAUGUACAGAUAUACAUACAUACAUAUAACUUAAACAAGACACACAUAUAUACAUAUAUAUAUCCAUGUGUAGAAUUUUAAUUGUAAGCCUUUCAUUAUAAGUUUAAAGCUAAAUUUUGUUACAUAUGAUACAGAUUUUAAACCAUAUCCAAUGAGCAAUUUACAAAUCCUGAGAUAAGAGUUUACAGCAUAAUCUUAACAUUAUUUUUUCUUUUGAGAACAGAGUACAAAGAAAUCAGAGAUAAAAGACUUAGGAGUGGGAAGAGGUAAGGGAAGUAUAGCAGAGCAACUUUAUGUAUAAGGUAUUUGUGGAUCAUUUGUUUGUGGCAGUAGCAGUUAUUAAUAAUUGAUGAGAAUUUGGAAAUUACAUUUGCCAACUUUGGCCAUUGACUUGUACUGAGGCCAAGAUGUUGUAAUAAAAUCUGAGUCUAUGGAGGAAGAGAGAGGGGGUCAUAAAGUGGAACACUGUACCAGUGUGUUCUUAAGUUCCAAGGGGAAGUUGAGAGUGAAAGUGAACUUCAGGGCUGCAUGCGGAAACUGGGAGACAGCACAGUGGAUCUGCAGUCUGGCUGCCAGGUGAGGGAAAGCCCGGAAGGAGCAGAAGAAAAGGGAGGUUUCCACAUCGGUCAGCAGGCUGCAAGGGCCAGAGCCAAGUGGGGAAUACAGUAGGCUGUUCCCAGGCUGCUUAUCUGGCUCCUGCAGCCUGCUACUCACAUGUAUCCAUGUGGAAAACAAUGCCGGAAGAAUUGGACUCUAUAAAAUUUGGGAUUAGAUUCACUCAGACAGAUGAUCCAUACAUCCAUUACUGAGGGUUAGAUCAGCAGAUACUGCAGGGGAGAACCAGUGUAUGCUGAACAGGAUGAAGCUGCCCUCCCUGUCUCUAACUCUCAUGUUGCAAUAAACAUACCCACAGAACACUUACAAAAUUUAGAGAGUCUUGGAGCAAAGAGAAAGAAAGUAGAGAAUUCUUUCUCAGUUCUCCCUGGUCCACGGUAUACUAAGGCCAGAUUUGAUUUGAAAAGAGUUGUCAGAAGGUCUCCAAAAGACAUCCCACAGGAGCAAGGAGGCUUUUGACACAGUUCCCAAGGAUGAGGCAGAGAGAAGUCCAGAAUGUGAGAGCCUCGAACAUCCCCAGGACAUGGAGUACUGAACAGUGAAGAGAAGGCACAGGCUGUUCAGUGCAUCAUCAUGCAAGAAUGAGCGCCAAGGGCUAAGAGCCUGAGUGAGUCACCUGGUAACAGGACUUUGAGAAAGGAUGCAGUGACCUAUGAAGAUGUGCAUGUGACCUUCACCCAAGAAGAGUGGGCUUUGCUGGAUCCUUCCCAGAAGAGACUCUACAAAGAUGUGAUGUUUGAAACCUACCAGAACCUCACUGAUAUAGGCUACAAAUGGGAAGACCAGAAUAUUGAAGAACAUUGUCAAAGUUCUAGAAGACAUGGAAGGUAUAUCAUCUGUCACUCUGGACAUAAGCCAUGUGAUCCUAAGGGAUAUGGAAAGAAGAAAUGUACCUAUCUUUCUCCCAGAAACAUUAGAAGAUAUGUAGUAGUUCCCACUAUGGGAAGACAUGGUAAUCCUGAUACGAGUGUACAGUUAGUUGGAUCUCCAACUUCAUUGGGAAUACAUCAACAUAAGUACCAUGGAGAAAAGCCUUAUAAGUGCAAGGAAUAUGGAAAUUCUUCUGCCUGUCCUCAUUCAUGUUGCACAUGCAGUGUGACUCACACUAAAGAAAAAUGUUAUGAAUGCAAUCAGUGUUUUAAAGCUCUGAGUUCUUCCAGUUCUCUUCAAAGAUGUUUAAAAAUUCAUAUGGGAAAAGGAUUCCAUAAACAAGAGCCAUGUACUAAAGAUUUUAACCAUCAUAGGAAUCAUCAAACACACAAAAGAACCCAUAAUGAAGAGGUAACCUGUGAACGUAAACAAUGUGAUAAAACAUUUAGACUUCAUUCUACUUUACAAUUACCCCAAAGAACUCAUUUGAAAAUAAAACCCUCUGAAUAUAAUAAAGGCGAGAAACCCUUUGAAUGUCACAGUCAUCUACAAGUACCUAGAACUCAUACUACAAAGAAACAAUAUGAAUGUCAUCAAUGUGGAAAAACCUUUGUACGUCCCAGUCAUCUUAAAAUACAUGAAAGAAUUCAUACUGGAGAGAAACCUUAUAAAUGUAAACAAUGUGAUAAAGCCUUUGUAAGUACUGGUGAUCUUCAAAAGCAUGUAAAAAGUCAUACUGGAGAGAAACCUUAUGAAUGUAAGCAAUGUGGUAAAGCCUUUGCACGUAAAAGUCGUCUUCACCGUCAUGAAAGAGGUCAUAAUGGAGAGAAACCCUAUGAAUGUCAGCAAUGUGGUAAAGCUUUUGCAGAUCCUAGUAAUCUGAAACAACAUAAAAGAAGUCAUACUGGAGAGAAACCCUAUGAAUGUCAUCAAUGUGGUAAAGCCUUUGGAGAUCCCAGUAAUCUUAAACAUCAUAAAAGAAGUCAUACUGGAGUGAAGCCCUAUGAAUGUAGUCAAUGUGGUAAAGCCUUUGUAAGUAGUGGUGAUCUCCAAAGGCAUGAAAGAAGGCAUACAGGAGAGAAACCCUAUGUAUGUAAUCAGUGUGGUAAAGCCUUUGCAUACCGUAAUAAUCUUCACCAACAUGAAAGAAGUCAUACAGGAGAGAAACCCUAUGAAUGUAAACAAUGUGGAAAAGCCUUUGCAUAUCUUAGUAAUCUUCAACAGCAUAAAAAAAGUCAUACUGGAGAGAAACCCUAUGAAUGUCAUCAAUGUGGUAAAGCAUUUGCACAUAAAUAUCAUCUUCACACUCAUGAAAGAACUCAUACUGGAGAGAAACCCUAUGAAUGUAACCAAUGUGGUAAAGCUUUUGCAUACUCCAGUAAUUGUAAAAAACAUGAAAGAAGUCACACUAGAGAGAAAUCCUAUGAAUGUAAUAAAUGUGGUAAAGCCUUUGCACAUCUCAACAGUCUUCAAAUGCAUGAAAUAGAUCAUACCAGAGAGAAACCCCUUAGAUGUAAUAAAUGUGGCAAAGCUUUUGCAUGUAACAGUCAUCUGCAAAAUCAUGAAAGAAGACAUACUAGAGAAUAAUUCCAUGAAUAAAUGAGGUAAAGCUUUUUAUACUAGGCAAAGACUCUAGAACCAUGUGGUGUCCAGCAAGACCAUCAACAGUGGUGAAGUGGAACCAGUCAGCACUUAGAAAAGAAGCUGUAUAUGCUGCAGAAGGCUCAGCCCAAAAAAUUACCCAAACCCUUUGGAGAAGCCCAGAAGAUUUUGAGUGGAUUUCUGUCAUUGAAUGUGGUAUUAUUCAUAUUGUGGGAGUUUGUUUUCACUUUUUUCAGAUUGUGACUGCCCUGUUUCUUCCUUUUUGAAGGGAGAAAGUAUUUAAUUUAAUUUUGAUUUCUUUUUACUUGAGCAAUAGUUGAAAAGCUUUAAAAUUUUAAAAAAGAUUUUGGGUUUUCAGUGAGACUGGACAUUUUUAAAAAGAAAUUUUAAUAUUUUUAAAUUUGUAGAAAUUAUGUGAUUUCUAAUAAACUGUCUCUCUUUUAAUGUAAGGUCUUGUAAAUGAAUAAGAAAGGAAAAGUUGAGGCUUUGUUGUGAUAUGUUUGUGUAUCAAGUUGACAGUUUGAUUCCUAGUACCCACAUCAAAUGGCUCAGAACAGCUUAUAAAGCCUUGUUCUGGAGAUCUGAUGUACUCUUCAGGCUUCCUUGGGCACAAGGUAUGGAAGUGGAGCAAAUACAGGUGUAUAUGCAUGCACAUAUGUGUGUUUGUAUGACUCCAUAUUUUUAAAAGAGCUUUCUUAAUGUAUAUGUUAUAAUUUUUUUAAUUAAAAUAAAAUAAGUUUAAUUUUGGUGUAUUGUCAGAACACCAUCUGGGAAAGGAGUCAUUUGAGAAUUCUAAAUGCUUAUGUUAACACUCUAAGCAAACAAGACACAAGGCUUUACGACCUCAUUUUCUUCAAACCAUGGUAUUAUUGUCCUUGGAAUGUGUUUUUGUGCUUCUCCCAGGUGUAGCAGAUAGGUGUGAGUUGACUUCAGAUUACUCAUUAUUGUUUGCUGUUGUGAUUCAGUGAAAUGUUUGAACUGUCCUUUAUAUGCUUGUAUGGAAAAACAUGUUUUUGUCCCAUGUGUCUUGUUUUUAAUCAUUAUAUGCAGCUUGAACUCAGGAGAACUCUACUCAUAUGACCUUUAUAACCUGCAAAGUAUAAGUUUUCUGGGGCAUGGAAUAAAGUUGGCUAUUGUAUGAGA